AAUGUUUCAUGGUGAUGGUUUACAUCCAACGCAUCAAUCUUCCAUGUUUGUUUUCCAAGUGACCUCCAUCCCCAUAGAGGAUUCUUCGGUCAUUUAUACUCUCCUUCUCUCUCCCUAACCCCUAAUUUUUUUCCAAAGGCAUUUGCCAAGGCCUUUGGUUCUGGCAUCUUGAUAUGAGUGCUUGACACUUCUGCCCUUUAUUGUCUCACAAACCAACAUUUGAGGGAUCAUGUCUGAACCUCCCUCUCGAAAUAUUGAAGUUGACCACUCCGAGUGUGAGAGGGAGAAUAGAAUUGGUUCUUUGAAGAAGAAAGCAAAUAAUGCCUCCAGCAAGCUCAGACAUUCAUUGACAAAAAGGGGUAGGAGAAGUGGUAAAGUUAUGUCUGUUGACAUCGAGGAUGUGCAUGAUGCUGAGGAGUUGCAGGCUGUCGAUGCACUCCGUCAAGCACUUAUAUCGGAAGACCGUUUACCCUCAAGACAUGAUGAUUAUCAUAUGCUGCUCAGAUUUUUGAAGGCGAGGAAAUUUGAUCUUGAGAAAACAAAACAAAUGUGGAUUGAUAUGCUUCAAUGGAGGAAGGACUUCGGUGCUGACACAAUUAUGGAGGACUUUGAAUUCAAGGAGCUCAACGAAGUCAUUGAACAUUAUCCUCAAGGUCAUCACGGAGUCGACAAGGAAGGCCGACCUGUUUAUAUUGAGAGAUUAGGGAAAGUUGAUGCUAACAAGCUGAUGCAAGCCACAACGAUGGACCGCUAUGUAAAAUACCAUGUACAGGAGUUUGAGAGGACUUUUGUAAUCAAGUUUCCAUCUUGUUCGAUUUCAGCGAGGAAGCAAAUUGAUCAAAGUACAACCAUCCUAGAUGUCCAAGGAGUGGGACUUAAGCAUUUCACCAAAUCUGCAAGGGAGCUUAUCGUAAACCUUCAAAAGGUUGAUGGUGACAAUUACCCUGAGACAUUGAAUCGCAUGUUUAUCAUCAAUGCGGGUUCUGGAUUUAGGCUGUUGUGGAACACUGUUAAAUCUUUUCUUGAUCCCAAAACCACAUCAAAGAUCCAUGUUCUUGGUAAUAAGUUCCAGAGCAAGCUGCUUGAAAUUAUUGAAGCUAGUGAGCUGCCAGAAUUUUUAGGAGGUACGUGCACUUGUGCUGAUCAAGGAGGCUGUAUGCGUUCUGAUAAGGGCCCAUGGAAGGACCCAGAGAUUUUGAGGAUGGUUCAAAGUGGUUAUGCCAUAUGUAGAACGAAAUGUGAGAGUCAAUCCACUGCUGAAAAGACCAUCUCUGAGGAUGAGAUUGUUUACCCCAAGGUUUCUCGAGAGGUAGAAGACAUUCAAUCACUCUCCCCUGAAGUUCCUAGGAGCUACAUCGAGCAUCCGAAUCUCUCUCCUGUACACGAAGAAGUCAGGAUUAAUCAAAAUUUCCAUAAAUCUUACAAUUAUGAAGAUUUCAUCCCAAUCAUUGAUAAGAGCAUGAACGCACCUUGGCAGAGUGUCAUGGAGAAUGACAGAUAUGCUCUCUCCAAAGCAGCGGAUUGUUUCACCAUACAUGAUGCUUACAAGGCUCCUGACGGUUUUAGCACUCAGAUCUUCACUGGUGUCAUGGCCUUGGUUAUGGGCAUUGUGACCAUGAUCAGACUGACACGAACAAUGCCCAAGAAGUUCACUGAUGCCAACCUCUAUCCAGGUCCCAUCUACUGUGUUGAUGCAAUGAUUAAAAGCCACCCAUAUGCACACCAGCUAGCUGCCCCUGUCAUUACCGGCACAGAGUUCUUGGCCUUCAUGAAACGCAUGGCUGAGAUGGAAGAUAGAGUGAGUGUUCUCAGUGUCAAACCUACGGCCAUGCCAGCUGACAAGGAGGAUUUGCUGAAUGCUGCUCUUAUCCGGAUCGACACCUUGGAGCGAGAACUUGCAGCAACCAAGAAGACUCUGGAGGAAGCCAUGGCCCAACAGGAGGAGGUCCUGGCCUAUAUUGAGAAGAAGAAGAAGAAGAAGAAAUUGAAUCCAUUCAGCUGGUAAAUAGAUGCAGGCUUGCCAAGAGAUGCAGUCAAAGCAAGUUGCAGGGCGAUUUUCAAUUCUCCAAGGCCAUCCAAUGCCCUGUGACUUAAAUGUUCCACUUACCAUAUACUAAACCCAAGGCUUUUGUCAAAUAUACAACUUGCAAUUCUUUCA